AGUCGCUCAAUGGUUUCUGAUCAUCAAAUGCAGCGAACGGCGGUGGUGAAUGUGUUUGUUAUUGAAUUAAAUUUUAGCCGAUUGUUUUGAAUCGUCAAUCCCACAAAGCUUAAAAUGUUUGCAAAUAUUUCGAAAAACCUUGCCGGCCUUUCGUUGUGCUCAACCAGUCGAAUCCUUAACCAGCCAACACGGAACACCUUCAUCCUGAAACGUCGGACACCUCCAAACCUUUACAAGAAGAAUCAAAAAGUAACCAAACUGCGUGGUCGACACUUUGUGUACGAGCUCGUAGAGGACACGAGCAUAAAAAAGAAGCCCAAUCUCGAGGUGAUACUGACCACGUUCGUCGAUGGAAUCGGUUCCAAAGGGGAGGUUGUGUCACUGAAACCACAGGUUGCCUACAAUAAACUGCUGCUGCCGGGAUUGGCCGUUUACAAAACACCUGAAAAUCUAGCUAAGUAUGCUACCGAACAAGACGAUCAGGAAAAGGAACUUCACAGUUCGGCCCAGGCUCAACGGACUGUCAGCAAGCUGGAGCAACUCACUUUGGCGGUAGUGAUGAACAAAGACCACCCGUGGAUCAUCGAGCCGUGGCAUAUCAAGGCAUCGCUGAGAAAAGCCGGCUUUUAUGUUCCUGAGGAGGCUAUCACACUGCCCGAGACUCCGAUUUCGGGGCCGGAUCUAUUGAAACAGAACAAAGAAUUUUUCUGCACCGUUACAGUGAACAAUCUGGAAAAGGCCCGGUUGCGUUGUCGAAUACAUCACUGGAGUACGGAUCCUAGCGAACGGUUGCAGUACGUGUUUGAGCAUUGGAAAAUGCAGGCCGAACCGUUGUUUGGUGAUGACAGUGUUCCGUCAGGAGAGGCAAAGCAGGAAUGAAUGGAUUUGUUUGUUUAGCUUGGAAGUAGGAAUAAAUAAUUCAGCAUUACAAAGUAGAA